AGGAAGGCCCGCCCUCCUUUCGGUUUGGCGGUCCUCUCCGCUCUCCCCUCCUCCGCUGCCUUAGCGCCCGGAUCCGGCUGCGCACUCUCGAGCCGGCGUUUCCCGCGGCUCCCCCUGGCGCCUGCGUGAUCCCGUCCCGCCCCACGCGCGGGCUCGCGCUCGGGCUCCCGCCCGGCCUCUGACCCGCAGCCCUCGGCCCUUUCCUUCGCGGUCCAGGCCGCAGCGCGUGGCGCCAGUACCAUGCUCUUCUACUCCUUUUUCAAAUCCCUCGUGGGCAAGGAUGUGGUCGUGGAACUCAAGAAUGACCUAAGCAUCUGUGGAACCCUGCACUCCGUGGACCAGUAUCUCAAUAUCAAACUGACGGACAUCAGUGUCACGGACCCUGAGAAGUACCCGCACAUGUUAUCCGUCAAGAACUGCUUCAUCAGGGGCUCGGUGGUCCGCUAUGUGCAGCUGCCAGCAGACGAGGUGGACACACAGCUGCUGCAGGAUGCAGCCAGGAAGGAAGCCCUUCAGCAGAAACAGUGAUGCCCUCGUCCCUGUCCCCUCCCUCCCUUUCCCAUUGGUGACCAUAACUUGUCCAACAAAGGACAAGGACACCCUGCCCAGUCCUUCAGGUGUGUUUUGUUUUGUUAACGAUUUAUUUUUUUUUUAAUUGAAUGGAUGAAAGGGAUACUAGUCGGGAGCAACUGCCCUCUGUUGGCGAGGGAGGGUAAAGCUGGGAACUGAAAUGUUCCUGGUCCCUCCCUCCCUCUCCCUUCCCUCGAGACGGGAGAGCCUCCUAGGCCUUUUCAGGGCAACAUGUGAUACACUUGGGGGGGGGGGGGGACUGAAAGAAUCUGUCCCGCAUCGGGAAUAAAAUUUAUGA